AUGACACCUAUAAUCAACUACUUGGUGCAUGACGUCCCACCGGUUGACAAGGCAGAAGCAAGAAAAAUCCAAAUCAACUCUCUCCAGUACCAGAUGCAAGAAGGAGGGUUAUAUCAAAAAACUUUUCUCGGACCGUUGCUAAAAUAUCUUGACCCGGAGCAAGCCAGUUAUAUUAUCAGGGAAAUACACUACAGCAUUUGCGGAAUUCAUGCCAGACCAAAAAUGAUAGUGACCAAGGUCAAAAACGCAGGGUAUUACUGGCCCGGGAUGCACGAGAGUGCAGUCAAAAAACUUCAGCAAUGUGAUGAGUGUCAAAGGCAUGCACCGAUAAGCCUUCGGGCUAAGAACAAAAUGAUUCCAGCUCGGCCAUUCACACUUAUCUCCGGUUACUACGUAACGAGAUUUUUCUGGGAGCAAAUUGUAUGCCGUUUCGGCCUGCCACUCUACAUUGUUAGCGACAACGCAAAACAAUUUGCGGAGAACCCAUUCAAGCGCUGGUGUGAAAGCUUGAAGAUAAACCAAGUCUUUUCCUCGGUUGCCCAUCCCCAGGGGAACGGGCAAGUCGAACAGGUAAACCGGCGGAUCGUGGACGGGAUAAAAAGAAGGCUGGGAUACGAAGGCAAAGGGUGGGCAGAUGAACUGCCGAACGUCCUAUGGGCUCACCGAACGUUACACAAGACCAGCAAUGGGGAACCGCCGUUCAGUCUCACUUACGGAACCGAAGUCGUAAUUCCCGCGGAAAUCGGGCUCCCAAACCAAAGAUGCAAGAUUUGGGAGGAAAACGAACGGGAGCUCCGAUCUAAUCUUGAUCUGCUGGAGGAACGUCGAAACGUCACGGCAAUCAAAGAAGCCAGGUACAAGAAAAAAAUCGAGAAAUACUACAAUGCUCGUGCCAAGCUUUACAAGUUCGAAGUCAGAGAUUUCGUACUCCGAAACAAUGAGGCAAGCCGUAUCGAAGCGCCUGGCAAGUUAACCCCGAAAUGGGAAGGACCGUAUCGAGUCAAAGAAGCGAGCGAGAAAGGCUCGUACGUAUUAGAGAAAAUCGAUGGAACCCCCGUGCCAAGAACUUGGAACGGGGUGCACCUAAAGAAAUGCUUCAUGUAA